UUUUUAGUAGUUAAGUCCUAAUUUAGCCAAUACCAAAUGCGCUCAAUCUUUGGAAAAUUUAAGGAAAAAUGCUUAUACUAUUAACUUAGGUGCGCAACCUUUUAAUUUUUCAAAUACAGAGUGUUCCAAAUUGAAAUAAAUAUUGUUAACCGGAAAUUGAUCGCCAAGAGAACGAGGGCAUAUUUUCGACCAAAUUUGAGAAUAGUUGCUUUGAGAUCUUAAUGCCUUAGUUCGUGGAGAAUACCACUAAAAUUCGGUUUUAUUCUUAGACAAUAAAUUCUCAGGACUAUAUUUACCAAACUUUGGUGGGCCGUAUUUUGUUUUAUCAAUUGUAAUUUAUGGAUUGUACCAUUGUGUCUUUUUUUAAUUAUUAUUUAACUGGGAAAAUUCCUUAUUGAUAAGGAAAUUUCGUAUAAUUGUUACGAUGAAGGUUUUGGAAAAGUUAUCUAUUGGUAGGUAUGUAGGUAUAUAUUAUCCAUUGGUCGUUGGCCGUUGUUAUAGGUCGUCCAAAACUUUUGGACCAAAAGCAAAACAGCACAAAAACAAGACCUACUUAAUUUACCGUAUAAAGGGCCAGUUAGUUUUUCGAAAGUGAGGGCCAUAAAAAUUAAAAAUGAAUACUGAAGCACCGGAAAAAAUAAUGCAGCUUUUAUCGUUUACUUGGGCGGAUUACGCCCUAUUUUUCUCAAUGUUCUUUUUAUCUGUGCUGAUUGGCAUUUAUUUUGGAUGUUUCCAAAAGAAAAACGACACCCCUGAAGAGUACUUAUUGGGCAAUAGAAAUAUGAAUAUAUUUCCCAUUGCUAUGUCAUUAAUUGCUGGACAUCUUUCCGGCAUUACUCUUUUAGGUGUACCGUCGGAAAUAUACAUGUAUGGUGGACAAUACUGCAUGUUUGUGAUUGUAUGCUUCCUAAUAAUAAUAAUAAUGAAUUACGUGUACUUGCCUCCUUUUUACAACUCCCAAGUUUCAAGCAGUUACGAAUACCUCCAACUAAGGUUCGACGAAAAAAUUAGACUCAUGGCUUUGGUUCUUUAUGUAAUUGCAAGUUUUUUCUACAUUCCUAUAGUUAUUUAUAUUCCGGCACUGGCUUUUAAUCAAGUAACUGGGAUGUCUAUACAUUACAUAACGCCAAUUAUUUGCGCUAUUUGUAUUUUUUACACUACAAUAGGAGGGUUAAAAGCUGUAGUGUGGACGGAUGCCCUUCAAUUUAGUGUGACAACAGCCGCUUUAUUGGCAGUUUCGUUCAUAGGUGUCGGAGAUAUCGGAGGUUUUGGGAAAUUGCUAGAAAUUAAUCGACAUGGCGAUAGAUUGGAGUUUUUUAACAUGGACGUGAAUCCUACUGUUAGGACAACAUUUUGGGGAAUUUGUAUUGGUCUAACCACACAUUGGGUGUCAAUUUUGGGAGUAAAUCCUUCCUCUGUGCAAAGAUAUAUGUCUGUUCCUUCUUUCAGCAAAGCCAAAAUAACUGUGCUUUCUUUAGGUUUAGGCACACUAUUUGUAAAAAUAUUUACAGCUUUACUGGGUUUCAUAAUGUAUGCUAAAUAUCACGAUUGCGAUCCAUAUACCUCGAACAAAAUUAAAAAUCCCGACCAAAUUUUACCAUUUUUUGUUAUGGAUAUUGCCAAGGAUAUUCCUGGACUUUCAGGACUUUUUGUUGCGGGAGUUUUUAGUACAGCCUUAAGUACCAUGUCAGCGCAUUUAAAUACCCUAGCUGGCACUUUAUACGAAGACUUUUUCCGAAAAUUUUUACCACCGAGAAUUUCUGCAAAUAACUUCAUUAAAAGCACUGUAGUGGUGUGCGGUGUUAUCUGCGUUGCUAUGGUUUUUAUAAUCGAAAAACUCGGCGGAAUUAUCCAGAUUUCCGGGUGUUUUUCUGGAAUAACCUCUGGUCCGCUCUUGGGUCUAUUUACAUUGGGAAUGUUGUUUCCUACUGCUACAAAAAAGGGUGCUUUGGUGGGUUCUAUUACCUCCCUGGCAAUAAUGAGUUGGAUUGUUAUAGGAUUUCAGUACCAUUACAUAAAUAAACAUAUUCCGAACGUUUAUAAGCCUUUGUCCGUUGAAAAUUGUGGUUCUAAUGUUACAAACAUUAAUUUAACAAAUUCAACCAUUAAUAGUGAAACAGGUCAAAAUGAACCAUUUUUCCUAUUCCGAAUAUCCUUUUACUGGUACUAUCCUAUUGGUACCUUAUUGGUGGUGAUAGUGGGCUCUUUUGUAUCAUGGAUUUUGGGCGAUGCAAAUGAAAAAAGAUUUGAAAAAAACCUAUAUAGCCCCAUCGUCCAUAGAUUCAUACCGAAUGCCCCUGCUGAUUAUGUUCAAGUGGCUUUAAAAGACAUAGAAUGCGAACAAGAAUCGAUUAAAAAUAUUUUGUAAAUUAAUUU